AUGGCAGCUGCACUAUUGAACAGCGUGAGUGCUGAGAGGCCCUUUGGCAUCUACUUGUUUGAUUAUUUCGACAAAGCAUACACAUCCAUUGUUGGUAAAUCAGCUACAGAAUUUACAUUUACUCAGGGUUAUACCCCACUUUCCACUUUACCCGAAGUAUUUGUUGGUUGUAUUGCCUACUUCACCAUCAUCUUUGGUGGUCGCUACCUGAUGACCAAUGUCAAGCCAUUGCCCUGCAAAUUCUUAUUCCAGAUCCACAAUGUGCUCUUGACACUGGUCUCAGGUGCAUUAUUAGCACUGCUGUUUGAACAGCUCUUUCCUCAGUUAUAUCGCCAAGGACUCUAUUUCACAAUUUGCUCUGAGGAUGCCUGGACACCCCAAUUGGAGUUGAUAUAUUAUUUGAAUUAUUUGGUGAAAUGGUGGGAACUGGUAGACACUGGAUUCUUGGUCAUCAAGAAGAAGAAGCUCGAAUUCUUGCACUACUUCCAUCAUAGUAUGACAAUGGCAUUGUGUUAUACGCAAUUAGUUGGUAAAACAACAGUGUCCUGGGUGCCUAUCAUCUUAAACUUGACAGUGCACGUAUUGAUGUACUACUACUACUUCCGUACUGCUACUGGUGCCAAAAUCUGGUGGAAGCAGUAUCUGACUACCAUGCAAAUCAUCCAAUUUGUGAUUGACCUCGUCGUAAUCUACACCGUCACCUAUAGCUACUUUGCAUAUACCUACACGGAUUCCUUGCCCAACUUUGGCUCGUGCGCUGGAACAGAGGAAGCCGCUGCAUUUGGAUGUGCCAUCUUGACCUCUUAUUUAUUCCUAUUCAUUAACUUUUAUAGAAUUACAUACAAGCAAAAGCAACAAAAGCAAAAAACCACAUAA